AAGCCGACUUUGACCUCCCUCUCUUUCCUUCUCUUUGAAGCCUGGUUUUUCCGACCAGGUACCUCUACUCUCUCUCUCUCUAUAAUACACGGCUUGAGGGAGAGGUAAUUCGGAGAGAUUUUUUAAAAAUGAACGGCGGAGAUUCCAAUGAACAGCAUCAGCAACAGCAACAGCAGCAGCAGCAGCAAUGGAUGGCGAUGCAACAGUACCAGCAGCAGUGGAUGGCGAUGCAAUAUCCGGCGGCGGCAAUGGUGAUGCAGCAGCAGAUGAUGUAUAAUCAGCAUUACGUGCCGUACUACCAUCACCAGCAGCAACAGUACCAACUGCACCAGCAGCCGCUGCAGCAGAAAGAGAAUAAUCAGAUUCAAAGCUCAAGUGAAGAUAACAAGACGAUCUGGAUUGGUGAUCUCCACCAGUGGAUGGAUGAAGGUUAUAUACAGUCUUGCUUUGCUCAAACCGGCGAGGUUCUUUCUGUUAAAGUUAUUCGCAAUAAGCAAACUGGUCAGUCGGAGAGAUAUGGAUUUGUUGAGUUCAGUACUCAUGCAGCUGCUGAGAAAGUACUUCAGAGCUACAAUGGUACCAUGAUGCCAAAUAUAGAUCAAACAUUUCGCCUAAACUGGGCAGCCUUUAGCUCGGGUGAUAGGCGGCCUGAUGCUGGCUCUGGGGGCUUUGGCGGCUCUGGUGGCUCUGGCUCUGAUCUAUCAAUAUUUGUUGGUGAUUUGGCUUCUGAUGUUACUGAUGUGCUAUUACAUGAAACUUUUGCUAGUAGAUAUCCAUCGAUCAAAGGUGCAAAAGUAGUUUUUGAUUCAAAUUCUGGCCGCUCAAAAGGUUAUGGCUUUGUGAGGUUUAGUGAUGAAACUGAGAGGACACGAGCCAUGACCGAAAUGAAUGGUGUGUAUUGUUCUAGUAGACCUAUGCGAAUUGGUGUUGCAACCCCCAAGAAACAAUCGCCUCAGCAACAGUAUUCUUCACAAGCUGUAAUACUUGCUGGUGGUUAUGCAUCCAAUGGUGCUCUGCCACAAGGUUCUCAAUCUGAAAACGACUCAUCAAACACAACUAUAUUCGUGGGUGGACUUGACUCUGAUGUAACAGAUGUGGAGCUCAGACAUUCUUUCAUGCCAUUUGGUGAGGUUAUCUCCAUUAAAAUACCAGCUGGAAAAGGAUGUGGAUUUGUACAAUUUGCAAACAGAAGCAAUGCAGAGGAUGCAAUACAGAGAUUAAAUGGAGCUGUUAUUGGCAAGCAGGCAGUUCGUCUUUCUUGGGGACGAAAUCCAGGAAACAAGCAGUCGAGAAUGGAUGCUACUAACCAGUGGGGCGGAUCUUAUUAUGGAAGGGAAGCUUACAAUGGCAAUGGGUAUAAUGCAGGUGCUGUUUAUGUGGCAUCAAAUGGCCAUGGGAACCACCAGCAGCCAGUUAGUUGAAUUACUGAACAUUGCUGAUUGAGUUUAUCAGAGACUAAAUUAAUAUGUACGUUAGAAGUGUGGUAUGUAGAACUUUGUAGCUGGAUUUAAUUUUAUGAGGUGUGAGGAUUUUUUGUGAACUUAUUUUUGGAAUUUUGAGGUGUCUUAAAAGAGUUUUUUUUUCAUAAUUAUUCAUAACAAUUACUUAUUUAUUUA